CUUUGAUUGCUCAGAGACAGUUGAGUUACGGUCGUCAAAGCGAAUGGUUGAUUUUAAACGGAAAUUUUCAAACCUUUUUUGUGAUAAAACGUCAUUUUGAGUUAUAGUUUGUGAGGGGGAAAAGCAUCACUCUUCUAUACACUAAUGUAAAACUAAAGAAUACAAUAAAAUAAACUGAUGGAAUAAUUACUUAAUGAUUUGCAAGAAAAAAAAAAAAAACAAAACAUCAAAAGCAGCAGAGAAGAAAAAACAAGAUUUCAUAAUUAAUUUUUCGUUUUUUUUUCAUAACUAGUUGCAAAAAAAGUUUGCACGUCAAGAUUUAUUUAUGAGUGCGGUUUUAAGCAACGGAAAAAAUAUAGAAUAACAUUAAUAACAAAAAAUUAUAAAAAAUUAAACGAAACUAUAAAAAAAAUCACGAGAAAUCGUAAAAUUUUUAAAAACCUGUACUUUAAAGAGUAACGGCAAAAAUUUUUGAAUUUCAAAAAAAAAAAUAACAAAAAAAAAAAACAGAAGUGAUAUAAAAAUAGAAAAAAAUUGAAGUGUUAUUUUCAACCCCCAUAAGAAAUAAAAAAUAAAUAAAUACCAAAAAGUAAACAACGAAAACGAAUAAAAUAUCCAUAAAAAAGAAAUUAUACCCUCAAUUCAUCACUGUAUCAUCUGCCGAAAACAAAGCAAUUGACUCAUAGCCGUUACCACCUACCGAGACACCAUGGAGUCGGAGGAAAUAACAAAAAUGGUGGAUGGUGUCUACAAGAACAUCUUGGAGAAAUUUAAUCCCGGAGCAAGGCAAUUAAUUACUGCAGGCAAAGGUUACCUAAAAUCAUUACAUGGUGCUGCCACAUCAGCUCGUGUAUUUAAUGAAGCUUUAGCGAAAAUUGCCAUGAAUGCUCAACACAGUGGAACAGGAGAUAUAGGUGCGGCUUUGCUCAGUGUUGUCAGUGUCUACAAAGAAAUUCAAGAACAACAAAUGAACAUUCUUAAAGCCUUUUAUGUGGAUUUAUUAGUGCCAUUAGAAACCAAUUUGGAAAAGGAUACAAAAGUUGUGCAACAUGAACAAAAGAAAUUUCUACAACAGCAUAAAGUACGAAUGGAAUCAUUUCAGAAGGCCGUCAGUACCAUGAAGAAACAACGCAAGAAAAAAGCUAGUCCCGAGAAUACGGAAAAAGAAUUGAGAACCCUGCAACUCCUUGAAGAUCAAAAGAAAAAAUUGGAUGCAUUUUGUGAACAAAGUUAUAAAAAUGCCAUGACUCAAGAACGACGCCGUUAUGGUUUCGUUUUGGAACGCCAGUGUUCUAUAGCCAAACAUUGGAUGGCUUAUCAUAGCACUGGCAAACAAGUAAUUGAUAAUCAUUUGGAAAAUUGGCAAGAAAUUGCCACAUCACGUGAGACAUUGCCCACAACCGUGUAUGAUGGUAAUUCAUUGCUGGUGGGCAACAAAAGAUUGGAACGUCUUAAAGAUUCCGAAGAUUCCCAUGGCAAUGGUGGUGGCUCAUCAUCGAAUCUCUUGAAGAAAUCACGCAGUGUUGAUGUUCCGUUUGGUGAUAUACGCAAUUUGCAUGAAUCCCAUGUACCAUUUACGCAGAAUUCUUUGCCCCGUGCCAAAUCCGAUUUCAAUUUGAACAGUUCAAUGAAUUCAUCGGUAACAACGGCUGCAAUUACAGCUAACGAUCACACUGACAGCGCUCACUGGGAUCAAAGGACCGUGGUGAAAGCUCUCUAUGCCUAUAUGCCGUCUGGUGAAAAUCAACUGCCUUUCGAUGAAGGUGAUCGCAUUGCUUUGGUGGGCAGCAAGGCCAAGGGUUGGCAAUUUGGUGAAAAUUUGCGUACACAAAUGUUUGGUUGGUUCCCCAUUGCCUAUACCAAUGCUGAAAUGAUGUUGGAAAAUAAAAUGAAAUCUGACAGGGAUCAACAUACAAGUCGCAACGAACGUUUUGAAAAUAUGCACUAUGAGCGCCACAAUGGUGGUGGUGGUGGUGCUGCUGUAAAUGGCAAUUCCAAUGGUCAGGCUAUGCGCAAUAGUUAUCAUGAUCAAUAUAUGGAAUCGGCACACGAAAUGGAUAGUGAUGCCACAUAUCGCCGUGAGAGAACUGAGGAGUCAUCACCCACCAGGAUGUUUGGUGAUACAUAUAGAAAUCAAAAGAAGUAUCGUCCCUCUACAUCUGGAAAUCCUCGUCCGGGUCCUCCUCCCACAUUGCCAGCACCAGUGCCUUCGGUGGCAAAUGGUUCACGAAUGCUGAAUUCAUCGCAAAGUUUUUGUGCUCCCAAUGGCAGUCAAAUGGCCAUUGAAAGACGCAAGCAAAAAUUACAGAAUGGCAAUCAAAUUAAUCAUCAAUCUUCUAUGAAUCAAAUGAAACCGGCUGCUGCUGCCAAAACUUCGUUGCAUAGCAGCAACGAUAGUGGUUUUGCCAAUGAGCCACCCCCACAACCAGAAGUGGACUAUUCAGAUGAUGAACAGCCAACUAGUCGUGUACCCAUACGACGUCGGGCUGACACUAACUCCCAUAUGUCGAAUAACCGUGAAGUAGCCAGCUGGACCCUGAAUCGCAAUUUUCGCAGUAGCAUUGACAGUCAAAUCGAUGAUCGCAGUCUGAAGACCCUUAAUCGCACUACUUCGGGUAAAAUGCGUUACGAUUUGAUAGCCAGUGAUGAUGAGAUAUUGCAGGCCUCAUCGGCCGGCAUUAAACGCACCAAAUCAUUCUGGAAAUUUGGAGGAGGGCGCCAUGAGGAUAUAUUGGCGGGCAUGUCGUUGUGGCAACAUCGCGAUCUGGUGGCCACACCCAAUAUGGAUGAGUUAAGGGAUGAGGGCUAUCGCACCACCAGCAGCAAAAUGGAAAGCGAAAAAGAAAUGGAACGCAGUUGCGAUACGCUGACAAAAUCCAAUUCAAAUCAUUCCACCUCUUCGCAGGAGGUGAAGCGGGUUAGCAAUGGAGGCGGUGGAGCCGGUGGUGGUAUUACUCGCAAGGAUAGCAUUACCAGCAUGGAAAUGUAUGAUGACGAUGAGAAUAUCUACGGCUUGACUCCCAUGGUAAGGGAGCCCAUGCUGAAUCGCAGUGGAGCCAAUAAUUUCACUCCCAAAUCACGCAUGAAAAUCAUGAAGACCAUUGAAAUUGACAUAGAAAAUCCAGGGGAAAAUGAGCGUCUGAGCACCAUAAAACGCAAUCAAAAGGAGUAUAGGGAAAGCAUGAGCAAUCGCCAUUCCAUGCCCAUGGAGAGCAGCAACAACAGUAACAAUAACAAUAACAACAGCAGUAAGAAGCAGAGCUCCAUGAAUAAUCGCAACUCUAGUGGCGGAGGAAAUGGCAAUGGCAAAAAAUCCUAUGAACAGAAAAUGGCCAUGAAUGGCCAGCAGCAAAUGCAAAACAAAAUGUCAAAUGCAAAUCAAAAUCGCAAUCCUCCUCCCCAAGAUAUGUUCCCCUCCACCGAAAGUGAGGCAGGGGAGAGUGAAUUGGAUAAUGGUACCUUGAAAAUGAGCGAUGUCAAUAACUUCUUUGACAAUAAUAUGGGCAACUCGGUUGGAGGCGGUGGUGGUGGUGGUGGCAUUAUCAUGAAGACAGUCAAGCGCAAGGAUAUUCUAAAGCAAUACUACACCAGUGAAGAUGAUUCGGAUGAUCCCGAAAUAAAGUCUACCAGUUCUGAUCCCUACGAUUGCAUUGUCAUCAAUGAUCAUUUGGUGCGCAGAGAUGAAAAACAUAGACGAGCCAUGCAUCAUGCCCUACAGCAGGAACAUCAAAUGGAAUUUCAAACUUUUAGGGCUACAACUUCAUCAUCAAAUGCCGCUGGAGGAGGAGCAAAUUCGUCGGCUAAUAAAAACAAUUCAUCAUCAAAUGGCGGCGGUGCCAGCAACAAAAAGAAAUCGGAACGUCAUCAACAAGAGCAACAACGUGAAGCCGAGGCAAGAAAUCGUUCAUCAAAAUCCUCUUACCAAGAUCAACAGGAUAAUCAGAUGCGAUAUAGUGACAGCACUCUGACAAGACAUCAAACAAAUUCUGUUCUGUCAACACCCACAGCGACCAUAUUGCCACGCACCCGUCUUGUGAAAUCCUCAAAUAUGUCCAGCAUGACCUUGGAGAGAAAUUCGACGAGUAGUGCACAAAAAUCCAUGCACUCAAGUAAUGAACGAGGCGGUGAUAAACACUAUGGUAAAACCUAUGGGCCAUGGUAUGAUUUUUGGGAUCAACCUGAACAAAGUGUAAAAUCGAAUAAAAUGAAGUGAAAGGAGAGGGGUAGUGAUAGCGGUAGUGGUAGGAAGAGGAGAAAAAGCAAAAGGUGGAAAAGGAGGAGAAGGGUAAAGGGAAAAGAAGAAAAUGGGAAAUGAUAAAUUCUUCACAGAAAUGCAAAAAUAAAGGAGAACAUUGAGAACACUUGUGAUGUAGGGAAUAGGCAAUUAGAUCUUCUUGAUAGACAUGGAGGAGGGCAUAGACAUUCUAAAAAGAGCAAUGGGAAACCAUUUCCAUUCAUUAUUUCAAACCUGUACUUGAAUCCUAAUCGUAAGGAACAAAAAUUCUUAAACACCGUUUCUUUAUUUAUUCCGUAAUGAAGACAUUGUUUCUAAAUGAAGAAAA